UCACUGACUUUUUCUUUUUACCCUUCUCUCUCUUCCUCAAUCUUUGUUUCUUCUUCUUCUUCUUCCUCUCUCUUGAAUUCUCUGUUUCUCACCGUGCUUCUGCAUUUUUAACGACAAAGUUACAAACCCAUUUAACAAAAAUUGCAUAUUUUGUUCAAUGUCUCUCUCUCUCUCUCUCUCUCUCUCUCUCUCUCUCUCUUCAAACUCAAUGUAACUGUUUGAGAUAAUUCCAUUUUCCAUAACCCUUUUGUCCAAAGCUGAAAACUUUGAACUUUGGAGACAAUUUCCAACACACCCACAAGAAAAGAUAAAGUGGGUCUUCUUUUUUGUUCCCAAAGUUUCUUUCUUUUUGUUCCUUCAGACACAACAGAAUAAUAGGAUCUGAGAGUUUUUUUUUUUUACAAAGUAGAAAUGGUGGGUGUGAGAAACAUUGUGUUGUUUUUGCUUUGUAUUACUGUUGUUGCUCCUAUUGUUCUCUACACUGAUCGUCUUAGCUCCUUUGAUUCUCCAUCCUCAACCAAACAAGAGUUUAUUGAAGAUGUUACUGCUUUUUCUUUCAGUGCAGCAGACUCUAGCCACUUGAAUUUGCUUCCUCAGGAAACUUCAACAGUUCUUAAGGAACCUAUUGGAGUUGUAUAUACAAAUGAAGACUCAAUUAAGAGAAAGAAUUUGCCUCAAGGUUUGCAAUUGGUGGAAUCAAGGGAGCACGUGUCUGCCAGGGUAUUGUCAACCACAACCGAGGAAGAUCAAACUGAAAAGGAUAACCUCAUCAAACUUGUGACAGAUGAAACUAAGCAAGGAAAUCAAGGCGGCGAUGGAGAAGAUGCUAUUGAUGUUGAUGACAAUGAAGGGAAACUCGCUAAACCGACUCUUGCUUUUACUCAAGAAUCUCUACUUAAGUCUACGAAGCAGGAACAACAACAAGAAACAGAAACUUCUAGCAGAAUAAACAAGGAAAAACCAGUAUUAUCCGAGAUCGAUAAGAAAAAUGACCAAAUAAAUGACCAAAUACCAUCGGAUGCUCGGGUACAGCAACUGAAAGAUCAACUCAUCCAAGCUAAAGUCUACCUUUCCCUUCCAGUAGUUAAAAGCAACCCUCAACUCAUUCGAGAGCUUCGUUUAAGGGUUAAAGAAGUUUCACGAAUACUUGGGGAGGCAACCAAAGAUUCCGAUUUACCUAGGAAUGCAAAAGAGAGAAUGAAGGCAAUGGAGCAAACAUUGUUGAAAGGAAAGCAAAUUCAAGAUGAUUGUGCUGUUGCUGUGAAGAAGCUUCGGGCUAUGAUCCAUUCAACAGAAGAACAGCUACAUGUGCUCAAAAAGCAGACUUUGUUCUUAACACAGUUGACAGCAAAAACACUGCCCAAAGGUCUUCAUUGUCUUCCGUUGCGCCUUACAACCGAGUAUUAUAAGUUGAAUUCAUCUCAGCAACAGUUCCCCAAUGAAGAGAAGUUAGAAGACAUUCAAUUAUACCAUUAUGCGAUAUUUUCGGACAACAUAUUGGCAACUGCUGUUGUCGUGAACUCAACUGUUAUCAAUGCUAAGGAUGCAUCAAAACAUGUUUUCCACGUUGUUACCGAUAGGCUCAAUUAUGCUGCAAUGAGGAUGUGGUUUUUGGUGAAUCCACCCGGCAAGGCAACCAUUCAGGUUCAGAACAUUGAUGACUUCACAUGGUUGAAUGCAAGUUACAGCCCUGUUCUUAAGCAGUUGGCUUCCCCAGCUAUGAUAGAUUACUACUUCAAGGCUCAUCGUGCAACUUCUGAUUCAAACUUGAAGUUUCGGAAUCCAAAGUAUUUAUCUAUCUUGAACCAUCUCCGUUUCUACCUGCCUGAGGUCUUUCCAAAGCUCAACAAAGUGCUGUUUUUGGAUGAUGAUUUAGUUGUGCAGAAGGAUCUGACCGGACUUUGGUCAGUUGACUUGAAAGGCAACGUAAAUGGAGCCGUAGAAACUUGUGGAGAAAGUUUCCACCGAUUUGAUCGGUAUCUCAACUUCUCAAAUCCUCUUAUUGCGAAGAAUUUCGACCCACGUGCUUGUGGGUGGGCGUACGGUAUGAAUGUAUUUGAUUUAGUGGAAUGGAAGAGGCAAAAGAUCACAGAGGUGUACCACAACUGGCAGAAUCUGAAUCAUGAUAGACAACUGUGGAAGUUAGGAACACUGCCACCAGGUCUCAUAACAUUCUGGAAACGCACUUUCCCACUGAACCGAUCGUGGCACGUUUUGGGUCUUGGCUAUAAUCCCAACAUCAACCAAAAAGAUAUCGAGCGGUCUGCGGUUAUGCACUACAACGGAAACAUGAAGCCAUGGCUGGAGAUAAGUAUUCCCAAGUUUCGGAGUUAUUGGUCAAAGUAUGUCAACUACAAUCACGUCUUUUUGCGAGAAUGCAACAUCAAUCCAUAGAUAGAAGUGACUCAUUUUGAUAUCAUUCAAGUUUUUUGAUGUCAUUCCUAAAUGUGUGGCCUUGGUUUUUUAAAGCUUCACAAUUCUUUUUUAUACACGUUUUUUUGUCAUGUUUUAUAUCACUAUUUUUUGAAUUUGGCACGUAGAAGAUUAAGAGCCAAAGUGCAGAAAUAGUAAUGUACUUGUAAAUGAAAUGAAGAGGCUAUUAUUUUUUAAGUUCUAGAUUGUGCCCUUUUCUCAACGCACCUCUUCUGUCUUGUAGUCUCUUCUUCUUCUCUUUGUUGAUUUGUACAUGUUUGAUUUUAAGUUGACACUCUCUUUAACA